AGAUCGGCACUGCAUGAUUCCAUGCAUGCUGCCCUUGUGCUUAGGCAACUGCUUUGCCGGAGCCAUGCGUGGCGACUUGCUGGGCGCCAAGUGGAACGGCUGGAUCUGGCGGGUUGACAUUCCCUAUCUGGACGAGGAGGAGGGGGAGGACGUGUACAUUUCCCAUCUCGAAGGAGGCGAAGUCACCGGACUUGAGGUCAACACUGACACACAGAGAAAGAAGAAUAGCAGCAAGUGUGUGGAUGGUUUAGGUGGUCUACGGUCCCGGCUGCAGUAUCCUUACCUUGGAUUACUCGAAUGACCAAAUUAGACAUAUCAUGGCCGACGACGAGGACGCCAAAUCGAAUUCGGGACCCACGGCAUUCGGUGAGGCGACCAAACAGACAAUGUCAUGUUGCUGGCCUCAACCACUGUGCAUGUCCUCCCAGACGUCACCCCGUGGAGAGGCAGUCACCGAUUCGAGCACAAGGUGAUCAUCGGUAAGCACGAGGGAGGGAGGAAAGGAGGAAAAGGAGGCAGGGAGUGUAAGUCCAGGUGGCUAUAACAUGAAUGGAGAGGGCGAGACAAAGCCCUCUGAGCCCCGCAGGGCCACCAAAUUCGUCAUCGACGGCGUCGACUGUGCUAUCGCGUCGCAAACCGUAUGCAUCAAAGCAGGCUUGUCUACUUCAUGCCCUGGGCGUCUGCGCAUGCAGGAUACACGUAUCGAGGGUGUGAUUCCCGCUGUGGAGAGCCCUGCUCACGGAGAGGAGCUUGUGGAUGUGGCUGUCCACUUCAGUGAUGGCACGACAUCGGUUGUUCCAAAGUCAUGGCUCUGGGCUGAUCCAGGCUCUUCUUAGCUAUCGAACCUGGCUUCUAUCGUACGAAAAGGAUGCACCAUUUGACAUCUGAGCCAUGCCAUCUCAUCAGACACCUCCUGUCAUUGUGCUGAGUAUCGAAGACAGACCCCAUGGACAUGACCCCGGCACACUGGCACGCACACUAGCAGCCUGGGCUUCCAAGUCCGGCGCCUUUGUCUGCCCUUUAAGAUCUGGGGAAUGUAAAGCCCUUCGUGAAUGGGCAAGGCGAAUGAGGC